CAGCCUGGAGGGGUAUCCCAAGACCCCAGCCGGGACCUCGGGCUACUUACAGGGCGGGGAAGUGGGGCGCCAGGCGGGCCAGGGUCAGGCCAGGAGGGUGCGGGGAACCGGGGCGGGACCCUCAGGGCGCGGGCUGGAAGGAGUUCUGAGAACCCCGGCAGUCCCCUUGCAGACCCUGCGGAGCGCGGCGCCCCUCCCCCAUUCCCUCCCUCGGUCCCCCGACUCCGCGGAGGAGGAAGUUGCAGCGCAGGGGAAGAGGCGGUUCAGCCCUGGUGGUUUCCGGGGUCGCCGCCCCAAGCCCCCAAAUGGGGGCUCUGGCCUGGGCGUCAGAAGCUCCCCUGUCCCUCGGUAGCCAGCUGGGCUGCGAGUCGCCCUCCCUGGGCUUGGGGUGGGGAGUGGGCUCUUCAUGCCCCGGGGCUCAGCCCUCCCCAUCUGGAGUCUGCGCUGGAGGCGGCCUGGGAUUACACGAGGCGCUGAAACCACCCAGUGACGGCCCUGCCCAGCCCAGCUGCUCAGGCGCUUUGCUCUUGGGGUGGGAUGGCACAGACCCCGGUCACCCUGCUGCGCAUUUGCUCAGAGGUUCCGGUGAGGGCAGCAGACUCCAUAUGGAAAUGGACCCUCUCAGGACCAGAGCCGGGGAGUGUCGGGCCCAGGCCGGUCCUCAUCACCGGGGGCAUCGUGGCCACAGCUGGCCGCUUCACCCAGUGGUACUUUGGCGCCUACUCCAUCGUGGCGGGCGUGUUUGUCUGCCUGCUGGAGUAUCCCCGGGGGAAGAGGAAGAAGGGCUCCACCAUGGAGCGCUGGGGACAGAAGUACAUGACCUCCGUGGUGAAGCUGUUCGGGCCCCUCACCAGGAAUUACUACGUUCGGGCCGUCCUGCACCUCCUGCUCUCGGUGCCCGCCGGCUUCCUGCUGGCCACCAUCCUCGGGACUGCCUGCCUGGCCAUCGCGAGCGGCAUCUACCUGUUGAGGCGAGUCCCUCCUGCCCACAGAGGCAAACGCACACUAAACCAAACCCAGGUGCCGGCAGUUUAAGAAAAUGUCUGCGUGACUGCGUGCAUCCUGGCACCGCCCACGAAUCAGCGCAAAGUGUGUGUGCCGUGUUAAAUGUGCAGUUCUUUCUGUGUGUGCCUUCCAUGUAUGUAAGUGGAGUUCUGUUUCAAGGCUCAUUGACCUGCCACCGGCCUCUCAGGCCUCUCCUUUACAAUCCCUUCCUCUUGCCAAGCGCUCAUCUGGGCUGUUGCUUUGUUCUCCAGGGGCCACCCACAUGCCCCCUGGCUCCUGCUACCACAUACAGCUAGCGCGCUCCUGGAGACCUCAGUAGGAAUUCCUUGUGCUAAACCCAGAGAGGAAUUGCUGGGUCAGGCAUCAGCCUCUGUACCGUUGACCCUGCUGGGCUCAGCUGCUCCCCAGCAGACAACCUACCACCAGCCGUGCCGGCCCCAUCGCCCCCACCUGGCGCACAGGGCUUUCUCCCACGCUUGGCAGUUCCACAGCACGAGGCUGGCCGUGCGGAGCUUGCACUCGUUCUUCUCUGACUGUGGAUUUGGCGCUGUUGGAGUUUCUUCUCCCUUGAGUUGCCUGUUCAUAUCCUUUGUCCAUUUUUCUAUUGUGGUUUUUGUCUUUUUCUUAAGUUGCAGGAAUUUCACGUGUUAUUUUAGCUACUGAGCCUUCGUAACCUUUAGACACUGUGAAUGCCUUCCUGCUUUCUGGUAAGGGUCUGUUAACUUGGCCCGUGAAGUCCUUCACUGCACUGAAGAACAGAAGUUUCCCUGUUUACUUGC